AACACAACGAGGAAAGGGAAGCGGCUGCUGAAUUGAAGAAGGUGGGGGCUAUAGCAAGUCUGUAAGAAGCCGUUUCGGAAGAAAGGCUGGCUAAAGUUGGAGAAGAGGCACAAGAAUUGCUCAGCCAUUGUAACAGGAAUUUGAAGAAGCAAGCACAAUUCAGCUGUCCAUCAUUCAGUUGCACAUACAGAAGCUGGGACUUUAUUAGAUUCUAUGCUGCACCUGCUACAUCUAGCAAAAAAUCUGAAGCUGCAGUAGGAUUCAGCAGAAAAUGCGGUCCAGCUUAAUACUUGUAUGGCCGAUAAGGAGCUGCAAAAAAGGAAAAGGAAAAAGAGCAGAGCAAGUCUAAAUUAAUGACCAAAGAUGAACUUGAGGAGAAAAGGAAAGACACCAGCAGGCCCAAACCUUAUGGCCUCACUGCUUGGAAACCUACUGAUGAUGUGUAUGUGGCCUGUUACUAUCCUAAGCCUUUGCUUGAAGUUGAAACUGCCAUAGAUAUGCUGAAAACUUUUCAAAAGCUGGAUUUUACUUAUGAAAAACAGCCGGUCUAUGUUGAGCUUCAACUAGACAUGAAACUGGAAAAGAAGAAAAAGGUGGACCCUUUUGUUGGCUAUCUUAAGUAUCCUUAUCCAUUUUCAACAGUAGAAAAUAAGGUUUUAGUGUUCACAGAGAAUCCAGAUGAUGCUCAGAUUGCUAGAGACAACGGAGCUGCUUUUGUCGGUGGAAGUGAAUUCAUUCAACAGAUUCUAGAUGAUGAAAUUCAAGCAGAUUUUUAUAUUGCAACACCUGAAAUUGUCCCAAAGUUGAUACAACUAAAAAAUAAGCUAAGGAAGAAAUUUCCAAAGAGCAAACGAGGUUCUGUGGGCCGUGACAUUCCCAAGAUGCUUCAGCUGUUCAAAACAGGCCAUGAGUAUUUAGUAGAAAAGGAAUGUUUGGUACAGACCAAAAUAGCAACGCUGGACAUGCCUCAAGAACACAUAGUUGCUAACCUAGAUGCGCUUAUAAAAGAUAUCUGCACUUACAGGCCGCUGAGCUAUGGGCCCUUUGUGGAGAGAGUUAUUCUUACAAGUGCCACCAGCGAAGCUUUGUUCAUCAGAUUUCAGCAAUUUCUUCCACAGGAGACAGAGAAAGCUGCAAGUGAAACUUCUGUUAAUUCUGAGACUUCCACUACUAUAUAAAAUUACCAGUGCUCUACAACCAGUGGCAUAACAUCCAUAUAGUAGACAACAGGGUCUGCCAGGUGUUAUUCCCCUUCCCCAGUUUAAAGGGAAAAUAUGCCCACCAUUUGAGCUGAGCUCAUUUAGUUGGGCUUAUGUAGAGAAGUUAAUAAGUAUAAAUCUAUUUUAUUUUUACACAGAUGCACUUGAUUCCACAGACUAAACAUAGACAAUUAUAUGUGUUUAUCCAUCCCUCAUCUCCCCCUGCACUGUAAUGUGACUCCUCCCUCAUCUCAUUUCAUUGUAAAAUGAUGGAUUCUGGGACUUUCAUUUCAUCUGUUUUUCAUAGAAUCUGUGCACCACCUACUAAGGAAAGAUAUAUAUAUAUAUAUAAAGUCCCAGAAUUAAUUUGCCUGUUAAAUUCAAUCUAGUCCUUUCAAGUGUGAAAAUGGCACAGACAUUCAUAAUGAUGAUGUUUGUUCUUUAGAUAAGAACCCAGGCCAGUAUUUCCCAUAAAAUAAAACUGAUGUUUAUUUCUAGAAGUUCAGACACUGUUUUAUUUUUUUUAAAGAAGCCCAACUGAAUGAGCUAGUGUCAAAAAGGAGAUCUGUUUAUCCUUUGAUCUUCAGCAGUAAAUGAGUACUUGGGGUUUUGUUUUAUUAUAAAAACUGCUCUUUGUUAUUCAUCUGUGUCCUGCCAUAGUAUGAAGGUUUAAAAACCUUACUUUAAACAAAUAAAAUUCAUUCCAAUAUA